AUGCUAGAGUCGUCGAAGGUCAUGACAAUCCUGUUCCUUCUCACCUUCCUCGUGGGCAGUACCAGUACCGUUCAUGGAGCGCAAGAAGUGACCUACGAUGGCCGCUCUUUAUUCGUCGAUGGAAAAAGAGAUCUGUUUUUUUCUGGAUCAAUUCAUUACACACGUAGCACCACCGAAAUGUGGCCUGAUCUUAUCAAGAAGGCCAAGGAAGGAGGAUUGAAUGCCAUCGAAACCUAUGUGUUUUGGAACGCCCAUGAGCCUGUGUAUGGCCAGUUCAAUUUCGAAGGGAAUUAUGACUUGGUCAAAUUCAUCAAGCUAGUGCAGUCUGAGGAGAUGUAUGUCGUCCUCAGGAUCGGCCCCUUCAUCCAAGGAGAAUGGAAUCAUGGAGGGUUGCCAUAUUGGCUCAGGGAGGUUCCAGACAUCACUUUCAGGACAGACGAUGAACCCUUCAAGAAUCAUAUGGAGAGAUAUGCAAAGAUGAUUGUGCAGAAAAUGAAGGAUGAGAAGCUCUUUGCUCCUCAAGGAGGUCCCAUCAUUCUUGCUCAGAUAGAGAACGAGUACAACAACAUUGCGGCAGCAUUUCCGGGAGCCGCCAACUACAUAAAGUGGGCCGGAAACAUGGCGGUCGGCCUCGACGUCGGUGUUCCUUGGGUUAUGUGUAAGCAGAAUGAUGCUCCCGGCACAGUGAUCAACACCUGCAAUGGAAGGAACUGUGGGGAUACUUUCACAGGCCCAAACUCUCCAACCAAGCCUUCUCUUUGGACUGAGAACUGGACUGCUCAGUACCGGGUAUUCGGUGAUCCGCCGUCUCAAAGAUCAGCAGAGGAUCUUUCAUACUCGGUGGCGCGCUUCUUCUCGAAGAACGGCUCACUCGUUAACUACUACAUGUAUCAUGGUGGAACUAAUUUUGGAAGGACAGGAGCUGCUUUUGUGAUGACCAGAUACUACGACGAAGGCCCGCUCGAUGAAUAUGGCCUGCUGAAGGAACCUAAAUGGGGCCAUCUCAGGGAUUUGCAUGCUGCACUGAAGCUGUGCAGGAAAGGAUUGCUCUGGGGUUCUAAUUCUUUGCAAAAGUUUGCACCUGGUUUUGAGGCACGGUUGUAUGAGAUACCGGAGAACAGCAUCUGCGUCGCCUUCCUCACGAAUACAAACACAAAGCUCGAUGGCACCGUAAAGUUUAAGGGUGCUGAUUACUUCCUUCCUCGUCACUCCAUCAGCAUCCUUCCUGAUUGUAAGACUGUAGUGUACAACACUCAGCAGGUUAAUGCUCAGCACAAUUCCAGAACAUUUAAUCCUUCCAAGGAUGCUAAUACUAACAACAAUUGGGAGAUGUAUCAAGAAGUGAUACCGACAUCGAAGGGAGUUAAAUCUAAGGGGCCAUUGGAACUGUAUAACAUGACUAAGGACACCACAGAUUAUCUUUGGUACACAACAAUCUUCAAUCUAAACGAAGACUUGCCUUUUCGACAUGAUAUCCGCCCUGUAAUCCAAGUAUCUAGCCUUGGUCAUGUUAUGCAUACUUUUGUCAAUGGUGAAUACAUAGGAACUGCUCAUGGAACCAAGAUCGAGAAGAGUUUUGUGUUUCAAAAACCCGCGGAUCUGAAAUCCGGAGGCAAUCGCAUUGCAAUACUAGGAUUAACAGUGGGAAUGCCGGAUAGUGGAGCAUACUUGGAACAUCGAGUCGCCGGACUGCAUAGCGUAGUUAUUCAAGGCCUCAAUGCCGGCGCACUGGACUUGUCACAAAGCCUAUGGAAGCACAAGGUGGGACUGACUGGAGAGACAUUAGGCAUUUUCCAAGAGGAUAAACUGAAUAAAGUCAAGUGGGUGGAAGCAAAGAGUGACACUCCUGUUACAUGGUACAAGAAAUACUUUGAUGGCCCUUCUGGAAAAGACCCUGUCGCUUUGGACUUGAGCUCCAUGGGGAAAGGCAUGGUGUGGAUCAAUGGACAAAGCAUCGGGCGAUAUUGGGUCAACUACCUCAGUCCUCUUGGAAAACCUUCUCAAUAUAUGUACCAUGUGCCGCGGUCAUUUUUGAAACCGAAGGGCAACCUAAUGGUAGUGCUAGAGGAGCAAGGCGGGAAGCCGGAAGACAUCAAGGUGCUACUAGUGAAGAGAGACAACAUUUGCACUGUGGUGUCCCAAAACUACCCGGCGCCAAUCGACUCUUGGUCAAGGGAGGACAACGGUCAGAUCAAAAUGGUAGGCAACAACAAGGCAGAGGCUAACUUGAAGUGCGCCGGGGACAAGAAGGUGAUCCGGUCGGUCGUCUUCGCCAGCUUCGGCAACCCUGACGGCGCCUGUGGCAACUUCACCGUUGGUAACUGCCACUCUACCAACGUCAAGAAAGUGGUCGAGCAAGCAUGCUUGGGGAAACCAUCGUGCGCUUUGCCGGUGUCGGCGGAGGUCUACGGCAUCGACGGUGGCUGUCCAAAAUCGACCAACACACUUGCAGUCCAAGCCAAAUGCGCCAGGACGAGCGACAAUUAG